AUGCAAACUCGAUUCUAUUAUCUACUUCUACUAUCAAUAUCCUCGCGUGGUUUAAUUCGAUGUGGGUUUGGGCCUAGGUCGCUCAGGAAUUCUCUUGACCCUUGGCUGGAUAAUAGUUCCUUGAUUUCGGAUACCACCGAGAGCUUGAAGAGGACAAGGGAGCCUGUGAUUGAGAAUUGGGGAGUCUCUCCCGAGAACGACGCGCAACGUACGAUUCCACCAACCCUGAACCUAUUUGCUCUGAAGCCCUCGAAGAAAUCGAGGUUGCAAGAUCAAAUUGCGAGUAAUGAAGUCGAGCAAUUUGACAAUUCAAAACCUCUAAAAGCAAUGGUCACACCUGGUGAUUACGGGCCGUCUGCUGGGGAACCUCUCACCAGGAGAAAACAGCCAUCAGUGCCUUAUUGGAGUAUGACCUCCAUGCAGAUUGAGAAUCGAAGAGCCUCUCUGGAGAACGACGCACCACGCACUAUUCCACCGACCCUGAACUUAUUUCCUCUCAAGCCCUCGAUGAAACAGAGGUUGCAAGAUGAAAGUGCGAGCAAUGAAGCUGAAAAACUUGACAAUUCAAAACGUCUAAAAUCAGUGGUUACACUCGGUGAUGAUCAGGGGCCGUCUGUUGGGGACCCUAGGAGAGAACAACCAUCAGUGCCUUUUUGGACUAUGACCUCACCCAUGUUAACAACCAGAGUUCAGCUGGGAAACGUUGGUACGACUGCUUACAAUCAGAGAAAGUCAUGGGAGGUCGAAUUGGGCAAUGCUAACCGAGCCGCGGCACUUCCGCCGAAUGUGCCAACUAUCAUGGCCGGUAACAGAGAAGAGCCUAGCCCUGCCGAUUUUUCGCAUUUCAAGUCUUCCCAGGUGCAAUUCCCUCCAAUUGCGAGAAAUGGCUUGUCAGCUAGCAGCAAGGGAAAAGAAAGUUCCAGGCACUUUCCUGCAGCUAGUCGAUUUGAAAAUUUCAACAUGGUCCCAUGGUCUCACUUUCCUGGAAACGAGGAAGUUAGACGACGCUACCCCUGUCAAACUCUAGAUUGGAACCCGGCUGGGAUCAACCCAGAUUUGGCUCUUAUCGCCUACAGUAUGGUCGCUGACUUCCGCAAAGCAACGCCAACAACUUCGCUUGGUGUUUUGAACGGUGAAAAUACUUCUCAUGAGUUGUUCCUCCCGUUCAUUUACAAAUUAACGACGAAACCUCUCACAAAUUAUCAUUGGAAGCAUAUUAAGAGCGUAUGGCGUCUCUUAUGGGUGUGCUCAGUCGAAGCCUCACUCAGACCAUUCGAAACACUCUCAGCAGAUACAAAUUUGAAAAUCUUUCUUUGGAUCUCGGAUUAUAUUCUGGCAUCUACAAUUCCUGAACUUUUCGAAAACAUGGAAAUUGGUCUGUCUGGCUCGAACAGAAAAACACGCGAAUGCCUUGUGCACUCCGAUGAAGCUAGAAUCUUGAAAUUAUUAUCAGAUGGAAGAUUCGAAUCAAAAAUCUCGAUCUAUCAUAAAGGAUCAUUAAAGCUUAUAAGUGAGAAGUUAAACAAAGAGUGUCUUGAUAGGAACCAGGAGUCACAAGGUGGACUGGAUGACAAAAUCCACUCUUUGGUGUUAGCAAGAUUAAGAUCAAGGGCACAAUUAAUCACCUCAAAAUUUUCGAAACUAUUGAAUACGUUGAACCCAAAACAACAGCUCAUGCUCCCUUCCUUCCUGAUGGUUUUCAAACAGAUCACUGUGGAACGGACGUAUGUUGACAUUUAUAAAACCAUGAAAGAAUUGGGUUACUCUGAUUGGUUUCAACAAAUAAUUGAUGGAAUUCUGGAGAGGACAAUCAAAUCGUACGAAAGUAGGAUGGAUCCGCCCCCAAGCUCACCCCACCUUGAAAAAGAAAAUCAUUUGAAAGUCAUGCUGAUACAUUCGUUCGAUCUCGCUCUCCAAAAUGAGUAUUUACAAUUAAUCGCCGCAGUACCUAUAGAUUGA